UCGCGCUCUCCCAGGCGCGCUGGGCGGGAAGGCGGCGCGAGCACGGCGCGGGCUCGGCGCGCGCUCCCCUCCUUCAGCGGGAGCGCGCGGUCACUGCCGGAAAAGCGCCGCCUCCCCCCUCCCUCCCCCUCCGCUCCGCGAGCGCUUGACAGGAGGUGGUCACGUGGCGGCCGCAAAGCGCCUCUUUGCGACCUCGAUGACAGGCAAAAUGUGCGACAGGCGCUGUGCGGGCGGGGAGGGAGCGGCGCUGCCUCCUCCUUCUCCUCUUCUCCGGGCCGGCCGCUGAGCGAGGCAGUGCUGCUCGGCUCCGGCCCCCGCGCCCGCCUCGCCGCCUCCCGGCCCUCUUCCUCCUCCUCCUUUCUCCUCCUCCCUCCCCCUUCUCCUCUCCCUCCGGGCCCUGCCCGCCGCCUCCAUGAGCCCCUAGCUCCCGCCGGCACAGCUCGCGCUGCGCGGGGCAGAGCGGAGCCGGGGCCGCCGCCGGCCGCCAUGGCGUCCAACAUGGACAGAGAGAUGAUCCUGGCCGACUUCCAGGCAUGUACUGGUAUAGAAAAUAUCGAUGAAGCUAUAACUUUGCUUGAACAAAAUAACUGGGAUUUAGUGGCAGCUAUAAAUGGUGUAAUACCACAAGAAAAUGGCAUUCUGCAAAGUGAGUACGGUGGAGAGACUUUACAAGGACCAGCAUAUGGCCCCACAAGUCAUUCUACAGCAACUUCUUCAGCUCCUUCAUCAUCCUCAGCGUUUCGCCAUGUAGUGCCAUCUAGACAAAUAGUGGAAAGACAACCUCGAAUGCUUGACUUCAGGGUUGACUACAGAGACAGAAAUGUGGAUGUAGUACUUGAGGACAGCUCUACAGUUGGAGAUAUCAAACAUAUUCUAGAAAAUGAACUUCAGAUUCCUGCAUCUAAAAUGCUGUUAAAAGGGUGGAAGACUGGAGAUGUAGAUGAUAGUACUGUUUUAAAAACUCUACACUUGCCAAAAAAUAAUAGUCUUUAUGUUCUAACGCCCGACCUGACUCCUCCUUCUUCAAGUCAUUCUGGAGCCCUGCAGGAGUCAUUAAAUCAAAACUUCAUGCUGAUUGUCACCCAUCGAGAAGUCCAGCGGGAGUACAACCUCAACUUCUCAGGAAGCAGUACCAUUCAGGAGGUAAAACGGAAUGUGUACGACCUAACCAGUAUCCCUGUCCGUCACCAGUUGUGGGAGGGCUGGCCUCCUUCUGCCACAGAUGACUCAAUGACCCUAGCUGUAUCAGGAGUGAAUUUUCCUUGCCAUCGACUUACAGUUGGAAGAAGAUCUUCACCUGUACAAACAAGGGAACAGUCAGAGGAGCAAUGCACUGAUGUUCAUAUGGUUAGUGACAGUGAUGGAGAUGACUUUGAAGAUGCUACAGAGUUUGGAGUUGAUGAUGGAGAAAUGUUUGGGGUAGCAUCAUCUGCCUUGAGGAAAUCGCCAAUGAUGCCAGAAAAUGCUGAAAAUGAAGGAGAUGCCUUAUUACAAUUUACAGCAGAGUUUUCUUCAAGAUACGGUGAUUGCCAUCCUGUUUAUUUUAUUGGAUCAUUAGAGGCUGCUUUUCAAGAAGCCUUCUAUGGGAAAGCUAGAGAUAGAAAGCUUCUUGCUAUCUACCUCCACCAUGAUGAAAGCGUACUAACCAACGUCUUCUGCUCACAAAUGCUGUGUGCUGAAUCUAUUGUCUCAUAUCUGAGUCAGAACUUCAUAACCUGGGCGUGGGACAUGACAAAAGAAGCAAACAGAGCAAGGUUUCUGACGAUGUGCACUAGACACUUCGGGAGUGUUGUAGCCCAAACAAUUCGAACUCAGAAGACAGAUCAGUUUCCACUUUUCCUUAUUAUUAUGGGAAAACGAUCAUCUAAUGAAGUAUUGAAUGUAAUACAAGGUAACACGACAGUGGAUGAGCUAAUGAUGAGGCUGAUGGCUGCAAUGGAGAUCUUCAGUGCCCAGCAGCAGGAAGAUAUAAAGGAUGAGGAUGAACGUGAAGCCAGAGAAAAUGUGAAAAGGGAGCAGGAUGAAGCAUACCGCAUAUCGCUCGAAGCUGACAGAGCAAAGAGGGAAGCACAAGAGAGAGAAAUGGCAGAGCAGUUUCGUUUGGAACAAAUUCGGAAAGAACAGGAGGAAGAACGUGAGGCUAUCAGGCUUUCUCUUGAGCAAUCUUUGCCUCCAGAACCAAAAGAGGAAAGCACCGAGUCAGUCAGCAAACUGCGUAUUCGGACACCCAGCGGAGAAUUCUUUGAGCGACGUUUCCUGGCCAGCAGCAAGCUGCAGGUUGUCUUUGAUUUUGUGGCUUCCAAGGGAUAUCCUUGGGAGGAAUACAAGCUUCUGGGCACCUUUCCGAGGAGAGAUGUGACCCAGCUGGAUCCAAAUAAAUCAUUACUGGAGGUAAAACUGUAUCCUCAAGAAACCCUUUUCCUAGAGGCAAAAGAGUAGAUCAGACAACAUUGUAGGACUAAUCAUCUUUCGACGAGCCAGAGGCAUAGCAUCGAGGAACACUUCCAUCACCAUCUUGUACUAUCAUCCAACUCAGCUUAAUGUCACAACUUUGCCUCUUGCAAGAAUCCUGAAAAUCUGAAAUAACAGAGCUACUUAAAGUUCCACAUACAUGAGUAUAUGUUCCAACCUCGUUUAAAUGAGCAGAGGAUAAAAUUCUGCUUUGAACACUGAACAUUAUGACUAUGUUGCUCACUUAUCAUCCAGCUUUUGUUAUAAUUAAUGCACUGUUAAAAUGUGAGUGAUUGUUAAGUAGAAUUUUUACUCCUCAAAUGCCCCUUUUUCACCAAGAAAUCUUGGACAUUUCUGCCUGUACUUUUGACACUAGAAUGCUGUAUAUUUGAUAUCUCGCUGAGCCAGUGCUCUCAUUAUAUAUGCAUUUUAUUUCUGUGUUUGAAUUUCUACUUUGUCAACUAAUUUAAAAAGGCAGAAACAAAAUAACAGGACAUUCUCAGCCAUGGAAAAUUUAACAGUAUUAUAGCAGAAAGCAUAUAAUUUUUGUUAGUACCUUCUGACUUCUUUGAUAAGAUGUAAGGUUUUGUUUGAAGAAUAUAGUUUGACAUAUAUGCGAGGUAUUUAUUUACUGGUUCUGCUUUGGGUCUCAGUUCUGAUUCAUUUAGGAAGUAUUUUCCAUUACAUUGCAGUGUGUGAAACUGCUUAUUGCAUGAUGUGAAUAUUUAAAUAACAUUAGAAAUGGCCAGGACCGGAAAACUGGUAUCUUGCCAACUCUUCAGGAAUCGGCUGAUAUUGAAUAUCAGCUGUUAAAAACCUUUCAAAUACCAGAUACAAAAGUUCUUUAUUUCUCAUUGUGAAAGAAACGGCAGUUCCCAUUUUUGCGGUUUUCCUUCAUUCUGGCGCUUGUUUAUAUCCUAUUACUCUGUUGUUCUAAAGCACCUUGUUUGUUUCAUCAAACAAAGAGUAUCUUAAGAGGUGGUGUAAUAAGAAAUCUGCCUUACUAUUGCACACUUUGGACAUUUUAACAAUAGAUUACUGAUCCCAUCUCAAAUUAAAGAAAUCCUAGUUCUGUUGUCUGAUAUGUAUGCACCAGCUACCUGCUGUCUGAUGAGGAAAAAUCUGGUACUUUAAGUAUCUCAACCAUGGAACAAGCAUACUGAGUCUAAGAUCAGAAAGUACACUUGGUGCCAAAUGUGCAUCAAAACAGGUUGGUUUGGGGGUUUUUGUUUGUUUUUGGUUUGUUUUUAAAUCUGGACCUGCAGGAUAGUGCACCAUAGCACUGCAGAAUUGUCGUCUACUAAUCAAACUUGUUUGGUAAUGCUUAGCACAUUGUUUUCCACGUGUUUAUAUGUAAUUCACAGUGCUUAUCGUAGCAAAAUGAGUUCUGUUUCGGAAGUUUCAUACUAAGCAAAAACCAACUGCAUCCAUCUUUUAGUCUUUAGUCUUUUCUUUGGAAGGAUGGUGAUAUAAAAUUAUAUGUAUGCCUAUUAUUAGGGUGUUAGUGAAGCUGAUAUAUUGUUACCUUUACCAAAAAUAUGAAUUUUGGAGCAGGGGAAAGCCUUAUUCUACCUUUUGUAAUUCUGUAAUUAGUGAGUGCUACAUCAGACACUUUUAGAAUUGAAUUAUCUGUGACAAACAAAAGGUUUGGAAGUGUAAGCAAAUCUUAACCAUUUGCAGUUCACAAAUAAAAGAAUUCAUAGCCAAUAGAAAGAUAAAUGUAUGUGUAAUGGAAGCCCGAAUUCAGAUGCUUCAUUCUCAACUUCUUUUCUUGGUAAAGAAAUCCACUAUGUUUAUUAAACAAGACAUUAGCAUAGGUUGCAAAUUGGGGUGACGCUGUUUCUACAAACAAUCACAGUAACACAUACAGGAGGAUUUUAAAGUGAUGCAUAUCUUUUUUUUUUUUUUUUCCUCCACAUUAGCUCUUCUUUCUAAGCUGCUAUUGAGGAAAGGAGUUGCUGAAAUAUUGCUGCAGAAGGAAAGCAACCUUUCAGCCAACUUGUUUAUAUUAACCUGUUCUGUUUAACUUUUGUUUGAUCUCAUCAGGCUGUUUUGUCUCGUCCAACUUCAUUUCUGUAUUUUGACUAUAUAUUCUUUACUUUGAUACUAGUUUCAUAAAGUUAUUAAAUGUGACUUGAAUACUUGUUGAACGUGUUGAAGUCAGUGCUCCCAGGGUUUGUUAGGCCUUUUUGUUCUAAGACAAGUUGUAGUGCUUUUUCCCCCUAUUUUGUUCAUAUUGAAAAAUACACUGUUGUUAUCAAAACAUUCUGGUGAGAAUUAACUAACAGUGUUGAAAGUGGUGGCGUUACUGCCCUCUAGUACAUCGAUCAGGAGCAGUAUGGAAGGUGCAUUCUGCCAAAACAAGUGUAUUGCUCAAUUUAAAUAAAGCAUUUAUGAUUUUGGUCCUUAAAUACUUUGGGCCUGAUUUUGAAAAGCAGACAUGUAGUCACCUUUCCAGAUUACAUCCUCAGUGCAAACCAUUUUCUGUGUAGAAACAUUAAGAUUCUCUGCCAUCAUUUUCUGCUCUCUUAAACCAUGGUAUUCACUUCAUGUGCCCUGCUGACAUGGUGAAUCCUCUCGUCGUUCUCCAGACUAAUUUUCUAAUUCAGUAUUAACCUAAAACUGUAACAGUUACUGCAGCAGAUAUCCCCGAUUCUACAUUUUUUUAUUUCCAGGUUCCUCACGUUAAUGGAUUAUCAUUAAUGUGAUUAAUGCAUUAGUUUUAAGUCUUAAGGAAUUACUGUUAAUGAAUGGAAUCCUGUACGAUGUGUUGGCUUUCGGUAUUGGCCUUCAGUGCAUGAUGGUGAAGCUGGGGCUGUCUUUGGCUUUUGAAGAAACUUCCUGCCUGUAGACAUUGCUGUUCUAAAUCUCCAUUAGAGAAUGUGCAGAGCACAAGUGUUUGUUGUAUAUUCUCUGCAUACGCACUCUUCAAUUUAGUGAGAGUGCCAAGGGAGUUUCUAAUGGAGCUAUGUUGGGGGUUUGUUUAUUCUUUUUAAUGUAGCAGAAAAGGACUUUGGCUUUCGUAAACUGUACGUACUCGGUGACAUUAGAAAUUUAAAAUAAAUUUUCAAUUACAGUACAA